GCGCAGCCGAGGUGAGCGGCGGGCGCUGCGGGCCGGGCUGCGGGGCCGCGCAGGAGGGGGGUCCCGGGGGGGAGCCGCCCCCGCUGCCCCGCGCUCCGCUCUGUGCCGCAGAUGACCCUGAACACGCAGCGCGGGGGCCGGAGCCCCGUGCGCAGGAGGGCCAGCACCCCGCUGCCGCUCUCGCCGGGCGCCGCGCCGCGGGCCGAGGCCGGCCGCCCCCAGCUCGGGCAGCCCUCGACCUCCGAGCCGGGCGGCAAGGCCGCGGCGUGCCGCAGCAGCUCGUCCUCCGACUCGUCCGACUCCACCGGCGCCUGGGAGCCCCUGUACCGCGUGGUGCUGCUGGGCGACCCCGGCGUGGGCAAGACCAGCCUGGUCAACCUCUUCGCUGGCAUCCAGGAGCGGGACCUGCUGGAGCAGCGUGGAGAGGACUCGUAUGAGCGCACGCUGUCCGUGGACGGCGAGGAGACCACGCUGCUCGUGAUGGACACCUGGGAGCCGGAGAAGCGGGGCGAGGAGAGCCGCCUCGGCAGCCGGUGCCUGCAGGUGGGGAACGCCUACGUCAUCGUCUACUCCGUCACGGACCGCAGCAGCUUCGAGAGCGCCUCCGAGCUGCGCGUCCGGCUGCGCCGCCGCCGGCAGGCCGAGAACAUCCCCAUCAUCCUGGUGGGCAACAAGACCGACCUGGUGCGGUGCCGCGAGGUCUCGGUGGAAGAGGGCCGUGCCUGCGCCGUGGUCUUCGACUGCAAGUUCAUCGAGACGUCGGCGGCGCUGCAGCACAACGUGGCGGAGCUCUUCGAGGGGGUGGUGCGGCAGAUCCGCCUGCGGCGCCGCGGCCCCGGGGGCGGCGAGCCCAAGCGCAGCCUCGGCACCCGAGCCCGGCGCUUCCUCGACAGGCUCGUCGCCAGGAGCAGCAAGAAAGUGGAGCUCAAAGCGCGCUCCAAGUCCUGCCACGACCUGUCCGUGCUCUGAGAGCCGCGGCGGCGGCGGCGGCCCCGUCCCGCCGGGCGCCCCCCGGCCUCGGGGGCUCUCUGCUCCGCUCGCCGGCGGCGGUUUAGCCGGGCCGGCCGCUGCCGGGGGCAGAGGCUGCGCCGGGCCCCGGGGACGGCUCCGAGGCGCUCCAAGAGAGCGGAGCCGCCGGCGGGGCCCGCGCCGGCCCCCGGAGCAGCCCCGGCCGGGGCGCGCGGUGCCGGUCCUCCGCCCCCCGCCCCGGGGUGCUCCCGGCGUUGCUCCUGGGGCUCGGCGCCCACCGUGAGGCCGCGCAGGGAAGCGGGGCUGGAAGGUGCCUCCCUGCGCCAGGAGGGGCACGGCUGGCCCCGCCGGCGGCGGACGUGCCGGGCCGCGGCGGCAGCCCCGGGCGCUGCGCCAGGCUGGCUCCGGCCGCUCCCCCCCCCCCCUUCCCCAGCUCCCCGGGUCGGGUCAGGAGUUUCCACUCGCUUCGCGCGAGCGUGGGGAGCUGCGGGCGGCUCCCCGGCCUCAGAGCCCGGCCGCGGGCGCGCGGGGCAUCGCGAAGCCCCAUCCGCUCCGGCCCCGCCGCCUCCCGCCGCCGCGGCCGCCCCGCGGCAGGGGCCAGGAGGGCAGCACGGAAAGUUGGCAGGAGGCAGCCGGCGGAGAGGGGAGUGGAAAGAAUGAGCUCAAACCCAGAAAAAUGCAGCCGCAGCGGAGGCCGGGCCGGG